CUCUCUUUACCGCAUGUAGCUGUCAAAAGUGUUUUUUACGUAAAUUUCGUCGUUUCGGUGGAUUGCAGCAGGAUUUUCUUUGGAUUUUAAGCAAAGAAAAGUUAUAAGAAAAUCCUUUCAAAAUGAAUCAAGCUGAGGUAACCAAAUUAAUGUCCCAGUUGAGGUUUGCUGUGCGACCCAAUAAACGUAAUUUGAAAAAUCCCGAUGGUCCUGAGGGUCGUUUGAUGAAACUGAGGAAGACCGUCACUGCCUUGGUCAAACAUGAACGUAUUGAAUUGUUCUACCAAAGAGCUGAUGAAGCCAGAGGUUAUGCUGAAUUGCUCAUUUCCGAUGCCAUACGACAUGGCGAUCGUCAUAAGGCCACCAUGGAAUUAGCCGAUUUCUGGCUGUUGGAAAAACAAUUGGUACACAAGUUAUUCAAAGUGCUAGUACCGCGCUUUGAGAACAGCAAUGUUUCAUUCACCCGUAUGUACAAAGCUCCCCGUGAUUAUCCUGGCAUUUAUUAUGACAAAGCUGUUCUUGAGUUGAGAGGUAAUCCCUAUCCCUCGCUGCUGCCGGACUUUUCCCAAAAUCGUAAUUACAUACACAAUAUUCUUUUGGAUGAAGCACGCAAAGAUUAUAGACGUGAAAAGCUGGCAGAAAUGGCAACAAAAUUAGCCUCAGAGACAACAGAGACACCUAAGGCGGCAGAACCCAAAGCUGAAACAAAAAGUGAUUAGUUAAAAAAUACCUUUUAAUGAUUUGAAAUGUUGUUUCCUUUAGGUUCUUGUUUUGUAUUUAAGAUGAAAUCGUUUAAUAUAACAAAAAGAAAUAAAUCAUAUUUUAAGUGAUAUUGUUCCAUA